AUGGUAUUUCAACUCUCAAUGAAAGCAAAAGGAGUUUUAACUCUAAUAGGAGGCUUUAUACUUCUUUUAAUGAAUGGCUCAAUGUUUUUAUGGGGUUAGCUUAAUGUUUAUGUUACAUCUUAUUACAGAUAAAAAGAUGAUGCAAAUUUAGAUCUUAGUGUUGGCGGUGCCAUUUUUCCAGUUAUGAUGGCAUCAUUUGGAAUAGGUCUUCCUUUAGGCAUUAAACUGGUAAAAAUAUUUGGUCAAGCUAGGAUUAGUUUGCUCAUCAGUGCUAUCAUUUCUUGCUUAAUGAUAGUGAUUUCAAGUUAUACAGAGAGGUUUUACCAGUUCGUGAUUGUCUAUGGUAUUAUAAGUGGGUUAGCAUAAGGUUCUAUUUAUUUUGUACCAAUUUACAUAGGUUAUUUAUACUUCCCUAAUAAUAGAGGCUUAGUUGCUGGAAUUAAUAGCUUUGGCUAUGCCUUAAACUCUUUCUUAUUCGGGUUACUGUUCUUUAAGCUAGUAAAUCCGAAUGGACUUCCUUAAAUUAGCAAUCCUGACGGAUACUCCUAUUUUGAAGGAGUUUCUAUUAGUGUAGCAUAAGCUGUACCUUAAGCUAUAAGAUCUAUAGGAUACAUUUUCUUGAGUGUUUCAAUUGUUGCUACAUAAUUAAUUAUGUAUCAUCCAGAUCAAAUAGGCGAGUAAGAAAAAAGACUAAAGAAGGAGUUACAAAAAAAAGAAAAUGAAAUGAAAGAAUUACAGUAAAUUUAGCAAAAAUUAGAAUAAAUUGAUAUCUAAUCCAUCAAAAAAAAUAACUUAUAAGAUUAAGAGUAAUUCUAGUAAACAGAUAUUAUCUAAUUAGAUUAAUUAGUGGUUAAUAAAAAGAUUGAAAUCAUUUAAUUAGAAGAAGAAAUUAUCUAGUAGAAAAUCUAAAUUGCACACAAAAUAGAAUUACAGAAAGAAUGUGAAUAUAUCAACCCUUAAAUCCUUAAAAAGCUUAAAUUAGAAGAAAUUUAAAUUAGCGAAAACAAAUAAAAUGAAAUCUUUCAUCACCAAAAAUUAGUUGAAUUAAUCAUUCUUGAUACCCCAAACAGAAAAUAACAUAAAAACUCAAUUUUAUCUGAAGUAUCUACAAAACCAUCAGAUUUAGAAAAGUAUUAUGAUGAAAAGGAAAAUCAAAUGGAAGCUGAUUUAUAAGAACUUAAAAAAAGAAAUGCUUAUAUUGAAGAAUAAUUAAAUAGCCUUGGUCCUCCAUCAAUUAAAGUUUGUUUCAGACAACCUUAACUUUAUAUGUCAAUAUUGUUAGGAUUCUUAGCUGUUGGAUUAGGACUAAUUAUUAAUGGUAACUACAAAUCUAUAGCUAAGGAUUAUGGAUUUACAAGUGAUAGCUUUUAAUCAUUAGUAGGGUCUCUUGGUGGUGUUGCUAAUGGUUUCUGUAGACCACUGUGGUCUCUUUUGCUUGAUAAGUACUCUUUCAAAAGAAUUUUAUAAAUUCUGCUACUGAUAGAAAUAAUAACUUCUUUAACUAUGCAAUUUACAAAUGUUAAUAGAAUCUUCUACGCUCUUUGGGUAUUCAUAAUACAUAUGACUUUAGGAGGUGUCCUUGGAAUGUGGCCUGUCUUUUGCUCUUAGAUUAAUGGUAUCAAGAUUGGUUCAUAACUAUAUUGCUUUUACUGGCUUGGAUUUACAAUUGCAAAUCUCUUCUAGUUUAUGUUAGUAAUGGGGUUAAAGACUAAAAUUGGAUUCAAUAAUAUUUUAUAUAUUUAUUUUGCUUAGGCUUUAAUUGGAUUACUGUUAAUGACUUUCUAUAAUUUCAAAAUAAGUUGGGCAAAGCAUUAUAAGGAAAUCCCUAAAAACUUAUAAUCCUAAAUUUCACUACAAAAAUAACAAACACUUGAUAACUAAUUAAGAUCAACUAUAUCAAGCUGA